AGCUUUAAAUCACAUUUGAUAUAAUCGGUUAAUUCUCAUUAUUAAACUGGCGAAAAGCGUUUCUGCUCUUAGUAGAACCGCACGCAACACGUUUAGGCGCUCGAGUAGACCGAUAUAACGUGCAGAAAUGGAAGUGGCGCUGUGGUUCGCUGCGAUGCCUGAAACAUGUUUUUGUUGAUGUUGUAGUGGCUGGUGAAGUCGGGUCUGUGUUGUUAGGGUUUCCUUUGAAGCUCAAAUCUGCAGACGAGGUGGGCUUUUUGUGACGAUGACGCCUUAAUAUACAAACCAGAUAGCCUGUGCGGAUUGAUUCAAGCGCCUUUGUGCAGUUCAACUAGGUGACGCAUGAUCAGAAUCUGAGAGGAAACAGAAUUGACAACAGUCCUUUAAAGCCUAAGAGAUCCAGGCAAAUGGUAAUGAGCCUUCGUGUUUCAGAGCUCCAAGUACUACUGGGAUACGCUGGGCGAAACAAACACGGACGUAAACACGAACUCCUUACAAAAGCCCUUCACUUAUUAAAAGCUGGUUGCAGCCCUGCUGUGCAAAUGAAAAUCAAAGAACUCUACAGACGGAGGUUUCCAAACAAAAUGGUGACGCCGGCGGACCUGUCCCCCCUUAGUGUCCACUCGACCAGGGCGUCCCUGUCCUCCGGCCUGUCCACCUCUGGCAUCCCCCAGCUCACAUACGACGGCCACACUGCCACCUCGACGCUGCUUCCUGUGUCGUUGCUGGGACCUAAACAUGAGCUGGACCUGCCGCACCUCACCUCCGCCCUGCACCCUGUCCAUCCCGACGUCAAGCUGCAGAAGCUGCCUUUUUACGACAUGCUGGAUGAACUCAUCAAGCCCACCAGCCUGGCUUCAGAUAAUAGCCAGCGGUUUCAGGAAACAUGUUUUGCUUUUGCAUUGACACCUCAACAAGUACAGCAGAUAAGCAGCUCAAUGGACAUCUCGGGGACCAAAUGUGACUUCACUGUUCAGGUUCAGCUAAGGUUUUGUUUAUCAGAAACAAGCUGUCCGCAGGAAGACCACUUUCCACCCAAUCUCUGUGUGAAAGUGAAUGGAAAGCCAUGUAACCUCCCUGGCUACCUUCCUCCAACCAAAAACGGUGUAGAACCAAAGCGACCCAGCCGACCGAUCAAUAUUACCUCACUGGUGAGAUUGUCCACAACAGUACCAAACACCAUUGUGGUCUCGUGGACAGCUGAAAUUGGAAGGAACUACUCAUUGGCAGUUUACCUUGUGAAACAGCAAUCCUCAGCAGUAUUGUUACAAAGACUUAGGUCGAAAGGCAUAAGGAACCCAGAUCAUUCCAGAGCAUUAAUUAAAGAGAAGUUGACGGCUGAUCCAGACAGUGAAAUUGCCACCACCAGUUUGCGGGUCUCCUUGUUGUGUCCACUUGGGAAAAUGCGGUUGACGAUUGCAUGUCGUUCUCUGACUUGUUCACAUCUGCAAUGCUUCGAUGCCACACUAUACAUACAGAUGAAUGAGAAAAAGCCAACAUGGGUAUGUCCUGUUUGUGACAAGAAGGCUCCAUAUGAACAUCUCAUCAUUGAUGGGUUGUUUAUGGAAAUUUUGAAUAGCUGCACAGACUGUGAUGAAAUUCAGUUUAAAGAGGAUGGGUCUUGGGCCCCCAUGCGAUGGAAAAAGGAAGUGCAAGAAGUGACAGCUUACAAUGGAGUAGAAGGUGCCUGUCGAAGCACUUUGUCGGAGCACAGACAGAAUUUGCACAACAGCAUGAAGGUGGAGGUGAUUGACCUGACGCUGGACAGCUCUUCCGAUGAAGACGAGGAUGACGAGCCUCCAGCUAAGAGGAGCUGCACCUCCCUGUCCCCGGCCUCUCCGCCCAUCAGUAAGGGGGUGUUAAAUCUGCACCAUCAGGCGUCGCCAGGCCCCAGAACGCCCAGCAUGUCAGCAGUGGACACCAGCUACAUCCCUCCUCCUCCUCCAUUAAUCCAGGACUACCGGCAUUCUUACCACACAUUGCCAUAUGAACUGCAAGGUCUUGAUUUCUUCUCCUUUUUACAAGGUGACAAUCAGCAUUACGGCACCACCCUCCUUGCUGCAGCAGCCGCUGCUGCGUCUGCGUCUGAGGACCACGACAUCCUGCACCCGUCUCUCAACCGCUUCCUCCCGUACAGCUCCUCUCAGAUGUUCCUGGAGCAGCCCAGCACGCCUGUGAGCAGCACGCUGGCCCCGGCUAACGGCAGCAGCAGCAGCAGCAGCAACAGCAGCCUGGUGUCCUCCAGCAGCUUGAGAGACAACCACCUCCACCCCGUAGCAAACCGAAGCAGCACGGAACCCACGACAAUGUACGGCUCCAUGCCAGACGUCAUUUCAUUGGACUGACUAUCCGGAGUAGAAGGAAGCGAAACUUUGUGGUCUGAUUUGCUUUAUUAAGUUUUAGAAAAACAAAAUAUUGUUGUUUUUUUUUCCUUUAAAAGAAGAAUGGCGCCGUGUACAGAGAACAAAAAUAUAUUUUCAGUUUUACUUUUGUAUAUAAACUUAGGACUGCCUGUCCUGUAAGGUAACUUCAGUUGAUUUUUUUGGAUGCUGAAGAUUUUACACCGUACACAUUUUUUGUCCUUUAAUUAUAUUAUACUUUUUUUUUUUUUUUGCACAUCAAUGGCAUUAUUUUCUUUACCGUGAUAUUGUUUGGUUAAGUACCUAAUUUCUGUUUUAAAUCAUUGUAGGAAUAUUUCUUUACGAAAGAAUUUCGGAUAUCAGCGGUUGACAAAAAAUAGUGUUCUUUUUUUCGUGCAGAUCAUUUUGUUAUCCUUUAAGUUAUAUGAAGUUUCACAGAGUACCGUAUACCGCUAACAGUUUCACAGCUCUAUUAAAUAUGCCGUUUCUGGUUUAUUUGUACAUCAAGGUUGGUUCAUGGCUUUUUUUUGAGCUGCCCAGCUUUUCCUUUACAUGUUUCUGAGUAGCCUAUACUCGAUGAAUUUGAGUGAAAUAAAUCUAAAUGGAAAAACCUAUAUUUUGUUAAAGUAGCAUUUUAAGAUUUAUUAAAUCCUUUUGUAAAUUUCUAUGUAGCAUUUCCCAUACUAUUUAUUUAUAAAACACAUUUCACAAUGGCAAAACAACAAAAACGAAAUUAACAUAGCAAGUACGGGUUCUGUUAGCACAGUAUUAUUAUUAUAUAUAUUUUUUUCCUGCUGUCUUUAACCUCAAGAUUGGAACCUGUCAGUCAUGGGCUGUCAGUGUUCCCUUUCUUCCCUGCUUGUCGGACACUCAAUUUCAGAAACUAAUUUACUGUGUUUCCUGGGAAAUGAUUUAUUUUGGAGUCCAGUGGAUAUUGUUGAGGCUUUAUUGUUGUUGACAUGCAGCUGAACUCCCUUUCAUUGGCUAGUCAGGGUGCCAGCAUAUCAGUUGCUGGUCUUUACCUCCGAAUCACACAAGGAAUCCUGUUCAGUUUCAUUAAUUACAUCUAUGUAGUCAUUCCAUGUUUUUAUUUUGUGUUGCUGUCCUUAUGCUAACCCAUGUAGUCUGUUUCCUACUGUUUUGUUUUGUUUGUUUAUUGGCUGUUCUAAAAGUACAAUAAGAUGUAAAUAACUUUGUAGGAGCCUUUUUAAUAUUUAAAUGAAUGCUUUCACACUUGCUUCUUCUUCAAAGCUUUAUUUCUAAAUAAUAACAUGAGUAAUAGUAUUUCUUUGAGGCAGAACAUAUCCUGUUUGACACUUACCGUUAUGUAAAGUUUCUGACUUCUAGGGAAAAGUGUCCAAAUGAAAUGGAAGAAAAUACUGAGUGGGUUUCCACUGAGCCCUUGCUUUACAGAACCCAGGAAAGAGCUGUUGAAAUUCAGGAAUCCUCUUGGCAGACUGUGCAUUAUCGAGGGUAUAAUUCUGAAAUGGAUUUUGGUCCAAAAACACAAUAGUAAGUGUCUUUGGGUUUUCUUGUCUUUGCCAGCAUUGAUUGUUCAGUAAAGAAUGUCUCGCCUGAUGUCUUGUUUGAUUUAUAUUUAUAUUGUGAUUUCAAUGUAGUGUGUUGUUUUUUUUCUUUGUGUUACAUCAAGGAAUUUGUUAUACCGUGGUUUAGUUCUAGUUCAUAUAUAUAUAUAUAUAUAUAUAUAUAUAUAUAUAUAUAUAUAUAUAUAUAUAUAUAUAUAUAAUAUAAUGUCUUGUACACAUUUGCAAAAGUAAGACCAAAAUAAUUGUGCUUCUCUUAGUUGUGCUAUUAAAGUAAGAGUUUUGGUUUCUCACAGCUUACAUAGUGUAAGAACAGAGGUGCUGAUCAGGGUGUUUGGACUAAAAUCCAUUAUGAAUUAUUCCUGGAAUAGAAAAUAAAGCAGAAAUAUACAGCUUCCAAAAAGUAGCUCUGUUCAAACUUGCUUCAUUGCUCCCACUAAGAAAUGAAUUUGGGGUUGGGGGGGGGGGGGGGUUGGGGGGUACGUCUGGUCUAAUUGGGGACACGUAUCAGUAAUUUGACCUGUUAUGAAAAGGCAUGAAGACUAAGCCACAAAACUAAACUGGGAACAGGUAAGUCCGUAACGCACUGCUCCACACGUUGCACAAUUAUCCUUACCAGACACAGCGUUUUGUAUUAAUAUUUAGUAACCGGAAAGUCUGUACUGGUACCCUUUUCAGAAAUAUUUACAUAAUGUGUUGAAUGUGCUGACAUUGUACUGGUGGUCCUGGGCAUUACAUUCAUGAAACACUUUGAGAUCAGAUGCACAGCCCGUUUUCUUCAUUUUAAAUAACUGAGACUUGCAUGCCCUGUAUGAAGUGAUGAAAUUGGCUCAAACAGGAUCAGGUUUUGUUUCUAAGGCAUGCUUAUUUUAAGAGUUUGGUUACAGCACAGCAAACCCCUGUGAACCAUGCAAGCAUCUGAUCAGAAUUACAAUGGAAUACAUAUAUUUGAAAGAAAAGUUAAUUUUGGUAAUGUUUUAGUUUUUUUUAUAUUUAAUAUACAGUAUAUUGCUGCAAACUUUAAAGGGAAAUGUAACUAUAAUUCGUGUGUGUGUGUGAUGGUAUUCUUAGAAAAUCAGAGGUUUCAAAUUAGUGUUUUUAUUUGUCUUUAAGUUGACAAAACCACGAAGAACUAGUUUAAUAUUUUAAUUAAACAAAUUAUUCCAAUCGCUCCAAAACAAAACCAACUAGCAAAGCCUCCUGAAAGUCCACGCUCUGCUAAUCUCUGCAUUCACUGCCUUACAUUUCUUCACAAAUCAUUCUUUAUGGCAUGCCAAACCCAAAACAAUGAAUUUUUAAAGAAAACAAAAAAGAUGUACAGUAGACCAAUGUCAGUUUGUAUAAAGUACGAAGUGAAAAAUAUUUAUUACAUGCAUUGGAAGAAAUUGUUUACCUAUUGAAUGUUACCUGUUUAUGUAGAGAACUUUAGAUGUAAUAAAACACAUUCAGUAACUGG